AUAGGCAACAACAACAAUAAUAAUGCUAGAGGACAGCCUAAAGAUAUGUACAGUAUGUGCAUCCAACAAUAACAGAUCCAUGGAAGCCCACAAACAACUACAAGAUGCAGGCUUUGACGUUAAAUCGUUUGGAACUGGUUCCGCAGUGCGAUUACCUGGACCUUCAAUAGACAAACCCAAUGUAUAUGAUUUCGGCACACCGUACCAAGUAAUAUACGACGACUUGAUGUCACAGAAAUGCCGCAAGAUGUAUGAGCUGACCGGAUUGAUCCACAUGUUGGACCGGAACCGUCAGGUGAAAACCGCCCCGGAAAAGUGGCAUUCUAAUUCAUAUGCGGGCAAAUUUGAUUUGGUGAUUACAUGUGAAGAAAGGUGUUUUGAUAGUGUGUUGGACGAUUUGAUGUAUAGAAUGUAUGCCAAUGAUGAUGAUGAUGCCAAUGACGUUAAGAAGAUUGUGCAUGUGAUUAAUGUAGAUAUUAAGGAUGAUAACGAGAAUGCCAUUAUUGGUGGAAGAGGGAUCUUGAAGCUUGUUAACAUGAUUCAUGAUUUCAAGAGAAAGAAGCAGGAAGAGAAGGAUUAUGAAGAUGAAUCCGAUGUUAUCUUGGAGGAUCAGAUGAUGGCGAUAUUGGCCGAAUGGCAAAAGGAUCAUACCCAUUUGCCAACAAUAUACGGGGUGUCAUAUUACUAAGUUAACUGUAUUACGGGAAGCAUAAUAGAGACCAGUUUGCGACCCGGAUAGGCCUAGGCUUGGGCCUUAUUUCUCACAGGUCACAUUUACAUCACAUAGAGUUAAAAGUUAAGAAGUCUUAGCAAAUUUUGACAACUAAUCAACAGCUAAAGUAACAUUAUACUAAUUUAUCCUAGG